AUGACUUACAGAAGGGAGAAGAGCAAGUCCCAGAAAACCAACUUGAUCCGUGGAUGGAACAAGGUGAAAGGUGCCAUGCACUACUGCGAGAAGCACCGGCUCACGAAGCGGUGCAAAUACACGAACGAGCUCAAGUUCCUGGUUGAGUUAGAGGACAGAGUAGACGACGAGCUACUUGUUCGCUUAAAGCUCGAAGAGGAAAUGUCUGCCAUAAACGGCAAUUACGCAGACGACAGCUUCGCCUUCAGCAUCGCCACCGAGGAGGGCGAUGAGCCUGCUGCUGGCAAGGAGGGCAACAAGAAGCUGGUGCUGGAGGAGUGGCCCGAGCUCGUCGAGGACAACUUGAUUCUCAGGGUCAAGAAGUACAAGGACCACGCCGUGAAAAGGAAAUCCAUGUUCAAGGCCACGGAGGCCUUGUAUUCUGCCUUGGGUGUCGAGAUUGAUGAGUAUCAGCUCUACCUAGACAUGGAGAUGGAAGCUUUGAGGGAGAGCAUCAUGGAGCUGCAUGCCACAAUCCCGGAGGAGUACGAUACAUCUCUGGAUUUGCUAAGAGCUGCUGCAGAUGUCUUUACGAGUUUGAGGUAUCAGACGAUCGGCCAGCCCAUGAUACGAGUCACAACCGGCCUUCGCCGACGCAAUCCCAAACAUGAAGUACCACUUCACUUGCAGUACAUCAAAAAUGGCCUUCAUCCAAGUAUGCUGUACAACCAAGUCACCGGUACUUUGGAUUUCUUCCAGCAGCUCAUCGUUCCAGUUGAGAAUGACUUCGCCAACCUGAAGAAAGCCCUAGAUGCCAUCCUGGAGACCUACAACCUGGUCUGUGCUGUGGAAACCGGUGCUGACAAAAAGAAGCCGCUUGGAAGCAAAUACGCCUCAGAGCUAUGCCUCGCCUUGCUCUUCGCUUCAAUCGCAGACAUACUUCAAGCGGCGAACCGCUGCAAAGAAGGCUCCCAAGCCGAAGGUGGCCGUGACCUCGUGGAUGAGGUCGUCAGCACUUUCAUCGCUGGCAAUGCAUCCAAAGCUGUGUCCAUUGCAAACACAGCUACAAAGCGAACUGUGUCUGCCUAUUUGGAGGGUGAGCAAGAAACCUGGGAUUUGAAAAAGAUCGCCAAAACCCAUGGCACUGGAUCCGGAAAUCAGUUCCGAGGCCUUGUUCGAGGUUUGGAGCAGAUGGGCCGCACGCUCCAGGUUGAAAUCGACUACAUCGCUGUUCCUUACUACAACCAAGGCAUUUGCCAGCACCCCAUACUUUCAACUCGAAGCCUGUUUACCUACAUGCUUAACAAUGGGUGCUCCAAGCUGCUGCUGGGAGGCUACGAUAUCAAAAUGAAUGAAUCGAGAACUGUUCUUCGGCAAUGGUGGGAACGAUACAGGGUCUACGAUCCCGGUCACCCAGUUUUCGACAGCAAACCGUUGGAGGACACCGUGCCGCUGGCUGUAUAUGGAGACGAGGGGACCGGUAAACGAAAGCACCCCUGCUACAUCCUUGCAACCAAGGCAAUGCUGAACUGUCGCAACAACAGCUACUAUCGGUACUAUCGCAACUUCUUGUACACGAUCGCAGCCCAUGAGCUUUACCGGGGAUUUCACAAAGGUUCAUCGCAACACAACGAAUGUUUGGAUGAGCUUGUGCGACACUACUCGCUGGAAGCUGGUUCUCUCUUUCGAGAAGGCAUCACUGUGGAUGUCAAUGGCACGGGCACUGGAGUUCGCACGCUUUACUUCGCUUAUGUUGGAUGUCUUGGAGAUUUGCCUUUUCAGGCCAAGAUCUGGAAGCAAGAGCGAAAUUUUCAGUGUGCAGCUUGCUGUCCUUUCUGCUUGGCCACACGAGACGAUCUUUGGGAUGUUUCAGACCAGCCCUCUUGGGCAUCGCCAGAUGUGCCCGCCCCAUGGUUGGAAGAUUCAGUUCUUGCCACGAUCCCUGGGAUGUCAGCUCCUGUUAUGGCCCGACAUGACAUAUUUCACCUGGGACAUUUAGGGGUGGCACGCUAUUUUUAUGCAUCCACCCUGGUGCUGCUGUGCCGGAACUUUGGCUUCUGGUCUGGUCCUGCUUCAGACAAGUUGGGUUCCAGAUUAGCAAAUGCAUAUGAUGAUUUUCGCACUUUCUGUCGCGGGGUCGGGCAGACCCCCGUUGUGAAGGAGUUUACAACUACAAACCUCCAUGCAGCACAAACUGGUUUCCCCAAAUGCAGCUUCAAGGCAAGCGACUCUGUGCUCAUUAUGGACUUCUUGGAAGAUUACUUGGAUCGACCCUGGAGGUUCGACGACGAAGGGGUCCAGCACACCAUGCUGACAGCGAUUAUUCAGUACAAUGCUUUUCACAGGUGUUGCUGGAAAGCAGACGACAGGAGGUGGCUGAGUCGUGAAGAAGCUACAAAGGCAGCAUGCUGCCUGGAUGCUUUUAUCUCCUGCUACGUCUUGCUGGCAAGGUGGGCCUUCCGAAAGGAAAUUUGCCAUUGUGUGCUGGUUCCAAAGCUACACUUCCUGAAACACCUGGUGCUGGACAUGCAGAAGGAUUUAGCAAACAGAGCAGCAACAAAAAUCGCCAACCCGGCCAUGUUUGCCACGCCGGACGGUGAAGACUUUAUCGGAAAGAUAUCUAG